CAAAGAGAGCCAAAAAAAGAAGGUUUUCUCUCCGUUUCUCCAUAACCAAGGCCCUACAUUCGACAGCUUGGACCAAAGCUUUUCCCAAGUCAGCUCGUACGGCAUCCCUCCCUUCCCCGUUGCUUUGUAUUUUCUCUUAAUUUAUUUACUCUCUCUCUCUCUCUCUUUGCGUCUCUCUGCAACUCUUCCAAACACUUGCAUUGAUUGAAACGAAGCUCUCUGCGUCUCGAAAUCUCCGUUUCAUGGGCACUCUCUCGCAUGCUGCGAUCGCCCCCAGACUCGCCGCCCUCCACCACCACCGCGCUUCCCAUGGACUUUCGCAUCCGAGUUCGCCGUCUCUGAGGCUGCCUACUUCCAAUGGAGUUGCCAAGAAGAGCCGCGUCGUCUUCGUUCAGAGCAAGAGCCACAACCAGCACAUCGAUUUCAGCGAUCCUGACUGGAAAUCCAAGUUCCAGAGGGAUUUCGAGAGGCGCUUCAACAUCCCUCACAUCACUGACGUCUUCCCCGACGCUGUUCCCAUUCCUUCCACCUUCUGCCUCAGGAUGAGGACUCCGGUGAUAGAAGACUUUGCAGGGGGCUACCCAUCGGAUGAAGAGUGGCAUGGUUACAUAAACAACAACGACCGCGUACUUCUCAAGACUAUAUACUAUUCGUCACCUACAUCUGCUGGUGCUGAAUGCAUUGAUCCUAACUGUACGUGGGUGGAGCAAUGGGUUCAUCGUGCUGGGCCUCGAGAAAAAAUAUAUUUUAAACCGGAAGAAGUGAAAGCAGCAAUUGUAACAUGCGGAGGGCUAUGCCCUGGUCUUAAUGACGUCAUCAGACAGAUUGUCAUUACACUUGAAAUAUAUGGGGUAAAAAAGAUUGUGGGGAUUCCUUAUGGUUACCGCGGAUUUUCUGACAAAGAAUUAGCUGAAAUGCCACUAUCAAGGAAAGUGGUUCAAAAUGUUCAUCUUUCUGGAGGAAGCUUGUUAGGAGUUUCACGUGGAGGUCCCAGUGUUAGUGAAAUGGUGGACAGGUUGGAGGAAAGAGGAAUCAAUAUGCUUUUUGUUUUGGGUGGAAAUGGCACACAUGCUGGAGCUGACGCUAUACACACUGAGUGCCGUAAAAGACGGUUAAGAGUGGCUGUAGUUGGUGUGCCAAAAACCAUAGACAACGAUAUUUUGCUAAUGGACAAAACUUUUGGUUUUGAUACGGCUGUUGAAGAAGCACAACGGGCAAUAAGUUCAGCAUAUAUUGAGGCACAUAGUGCUUACCAUGGUGUUGGCAUUGUGAAACUGAUGGGUCGUAGCAGUGGAUUCAUAGCAAUGCACGCAUCCCUGUCUAGUGGACAAAUUGACAUAUGUUUGAUACCUGAGGUACCUUUUCAAAUGCACGGUCCUCAUGGUAUUUUGCACCAUCUGAAAUACCUAAUUCAAACAAAGGGAUCAGCUGUGGUCUGUGUAGCAGAGGGAGCAGGGCAGAAUUUACUACAGAAAACCAAUGCUACUGAUGCAUCUGGAAAUGUUGUAUUUGGGGAUAUUGGCGUACAUAUUCAGCAAGAGACAAAAAAAUAUUUUAAAGAAGCCGGUGUUCCUGUUGAUGUGAAGUAUAUAGACCCCACAUACAUGAUCCGUGCAUGUCGUGCAAAUGCAUCGGAUGGAAUUCUUUGUGCUGUGCUAGGACAAAAUGCUGUUCAUGGUGCAUUCGCUGGGUAUAGUGGAAUCACAGUCGGCACAUGCAACACUCAUUAUGUAUACCUUCCAAUUCCUGAGGUCAUUUCUCAUCCCAGGCUGAUAGAUCCUAACAGCCGAAUGUGGCAUCGUUGCUUGACUUCCACAGGCCAGCCAGACUUUGUCUAAUUAUGUAGGCCUUAUUAGCUUCAGUUUUGAGAAGUAUAAGUUUCGAAGAGUAAGUUACAGGCAAAAAUAAUAAUAACCAGCGUUAGAAGGAAUCUGGUUUGCUCAGGCAUGCUGCAGAAGAAUAAUACAAAAGGAUGAAGACAUCCCUCCACUAAAUUUGUUUAGUGUAUAGCAUAACUGCUUCAGAUCCUCUUAAUUAUUUUGAAAGUUAAAUUAGGCCAAGCAAUUGGUGCUUUGGUUUAUAAUAUUUCUGUACAUCAUUUGUUGUAUCCUAGAAAUCUGAAUGUGGUUACUGAUAAGAUGAACCAGAGCAACCACACUGGGUUCAUAUAUAUAAUCUAGUUUCAAAACUUGGGAUGCCUA